UCACAAUCCAUCAUGGCUUCCAAUCCGCCUCUUCCGCGAACAAUGUCGACCUCGUACGUUCAACCCGCCUCGACGCCUGCCAUCAUUGUCAACGGCAAACCAUGGACCGUCGGCUCUCACUAUGGCACCAUUUCUUGGAAUUCAGAGAACGUACACGUAAAAUCUAUGGGUCUCAGUUCGACGGGUAAAGGAAUCCUCAUCGGCAUGCUGUCUGCCUUUGGUUCGGCCGCCUUUGUCGCUAUUAUCCUGGCUUUCAUCUACUUCUUCCGCUACACCAACCGUGGCCGUAUCUUCCUCGACAGCAUCGGCAGACCUGGAGAGUAUGACGACGAGCAAGCUUUCUUGCGUGAAGAGGAGGAUGCCUUGGAGGACAUGGACGACCUGCAGCGUGCCGAGUAUCUCCGCGCUAAGGCUUUCGUCACAGCCAAUCCUCCCGAGUCGGUUCAAACCGACAUUUCGUUGUCGCAGUUCCUUGCAAUUCAAGAGAAGGGUGUACAAGCUUGGGAGUUUGAGCCGGAACUGGAAAUCGCAAACUGCUUUGUCGAGGGUCGCACCGAGAUUGAGUUCUUCGAUGCUGAGUGCAGUGUCCAAAGCAAUCUGCCUGUGCCCAAACAGAACGAGGUCUACUACUGGGAAGCAAAAAUCUUCGAUAAGCCCGACACUACCCUGAUCAGCAUUGGCAUGACCACAAAACCCUAUCCUCUGUUCCGACUUCCCGGCCAACGCAGAUACAACCAACCUUUCUCUGGCACGAACUAUGCACCAUCAUACGAGCAGGGAGACGUUGUCGGAGUAGGCUACAGGCCUCGCACUGGAACCGUCUUUNUCACUCGCAACGGAAAGAAAUUGGAAGAUGUUGCUCAUGGUCUCAAAUCACAAAAUCUCUUCCCCACCGUCGGAGCCACUGGACCUUGUAACAUUCAAGUCAACUUUGGCCAGAUGGGCUUUGUCUUUAUCGAAGCCAAUGUUAAGAAAUGGGGUCUCGCUCCCAUGACUGGCAGCCUUGCACCACCGCCACCAUACGGAAGCGAACAAGGUAGCAUUCUCCUCGAAGGUGGUAGAGAGGGCGUCCGUGAGGGCCAAGCAUAUAUCCAUGGUCGUACACAUAGCGCUUCCGUCCGUCUGGGGAGACAAGCAACCAGUCCCGGCCCUCGACGAUCACCUACUGAAAUCUCUCUUGCUCAGCUCAGUCUGAACGAAUCACGGGAAGACAUAGGCGAAGGCACGAGCUACACACCAGCUGGUCAAGUGUCUGAAGAUGCUCUUGCGAUGCCGCCACACUCGGACGCACCACCACCAGAAUACGAAAGCCCAGAUGAGGAGAAUCAGUUCUCAACACCAAGGCCGAGUAUGCAUUCUGAGCAUUCACAUCUGCUUCCGCAUGAUCCACCGAUCCCAUCUUACGAAGCAGCGGUUGGAGAACGCGCGAGUAGGUCCCGCGACGAUGACAACUAG